AUGAAUUCUCCAUCAUCAACAACAACACAGGAAGCAAGUGGUAUGAGUCUUGUACUGAACAAGAUAUUUCCUCAUCAUGCUCAAAUUUUGUUGAAAAACGGAGUGCUUUUCUAUGAUGAUGAUUGGAAUUUAAUGCAGCAGCAACCAUCGUCAUCAUCAUUGAAUAACCAUCAACCUCCUCCUCGUUAUUGCAUUGCCUAUCUGUCUCCGAAUAAUUUCAAUUUGAAAUUAUUCUGCCAAUCCAACCUCUUGAGAAGUAAUGAAUCAUCAAAUAAUAUCAACAACGCCGACUCAUCGUGGUUUGAUCAGAUGAUGAAACAAAUUGAGCAAUCCAAAGAAUCUUUGGAAGAGUACUAUCAAUACUUGUCAGAAUUUGAAAUUAAAACCUUUUUAAAGAUGAACGAUAGGAAUGUUUAUGAGAGAUGGUCACAAUAUGCCAAUGCAAUCCACCUAAACCAAGACGCACCAAACGAUAAUUCUCCAUCUUUCUUUGUUCUUCACUUGCAGGUAUAUGACGACUCCACCAGAAGCUAUGAUCCUGCCUCAUUGAUCGGAAUGUGUAUCAAGAGCGUCCUGUUGAAUGGAAAGCCUGAAAACAUUGGAUUUGAUGGAUCAGGAUGGUUACACAAGAAAUAUAGAGGAAAUAUUUUGAUGAAAGGCUCUUUAUGGUAUCUUCAUUUACUGAUUCAUCGACAAAUGGGUGUUCGAUUUUCGUAUGGACAUGUUUUUGAAGGAAAUGUAAAAUCAUUCAAAUCUAUCAUUAAGAGUGGAAUGAUUCCCACAAAAUUGAGCCUUUCGUAUAUUGGAAUUACAUUGAAUGAGCUUGUUGCAGAACGGAAUAAUUCAAUAGUAAGAGAAGCAGCAUGGAAUGGAACCACAUGUGAACAAACAUUUCAAAAAGUUGAGACGUAUAGAGAAUAUGAAGAUUUGAUGAAAUCAGUGUUUCAUAACCAUGGAUUAUUGUUGAAGAAUUUGAAAUCGUAUUUCGAUAAUCAAUACUUUUUGGGAUGUUUUCAAAACAAGUAUUUAACGUUUCAACUGUGGAAAGGCCAAUACUCCAAGGACAUGAAAAGCGGACAGGUUAUGCCUACAUUUUUGGUAUUCAACGUGAAAUGUAUGUCGUCCUGCAGUGCGUCAAGUCUGAUGGAGCAUUUUGACAACAUGGUGCACCAGCUUUCAACAAUUAUUCCUCAAUUAUUGACUUCAACCGCUGAGUCACAUUAUUCUUCAGCGUUCGUUGUUUUUGCUACUGCAGGAGGGCAGUUUUUAGAAUAUUUACUGACUCACUAUUCGAAAGCUAGCUCCAUUUCAUCUGCAAGAUUGAGAUAUGUGUUGCAAGAUAUAGAUUUAUUUUUUCAACAUACCAAAGGGUUGCGUUCAAAUAACGAUCAAGAAAUUCAGGAUUUUUUCACCAAGAAGACACAUAGCGAUCCUUCUUCGCUGUUUAUUGAUAUCAGGGAUUGUGCAAGCAAGCCAUUGAUAUGGCUGCCAAAAUGGAGUGAAGAUCCACGCAGGCUCAUGUUAAAUGAAAUUGAUAACACGUCACGUGUAUCGUGCUUGUAA